GUUGCUGCUGGUGUGGCUGAGGCCAUGCUGUUCUGGUUUGAGCCUGGAGUUCUGGUUCCCUUCAUGACACAUUGAGCUUGGGUUGCUCACAUGGUGCCACGUGAUAACUUUUAGGGGCUUGGAACUUCCAGAGGUUCAGUGUUUGAACACUGGGUGUCUCAUUGACCCCUCUGUCCUUCCCUGUGGUUUGAAUGUGUGUGCUCCGCCCACAUCAUCACUUAGAAAACAGACAUUUAAAGAGUUUCUCCAUCAUUUCGAUUUCCAACGUUUAUGUAGGAACACACACACGCCUCGGUUUUGGCUUUCCAUCCUAUUUCACUCAUACUAAUUUUCUUUUUUCUGGCUUUGAUUUCCAUAUUUCUACCCCUUGCCCUCCCUAUAAGAUAUUCUUGAGGAGAUGAGAUUUUAUGAAUCAGCUUCUCUUCCCCCGAAAGCCACAUGAUCCUGGGACACAUGUUCCUCUCUGCUCUCAUGCUGAAGUGUCAGAGGAGUCUUUAAUCUCUAUUUCAAGUCCCCGUUCUGAGUGCUGUUUUCAUUGAAUCAGACCCCUCAUUCUUGCAUAGGUUUCUAGUUGCUCAGAAAUCUCAGUUCCUAAUGAGUCGGAGCCCAAGUGUGGGAGCAGUUCUUUGAAACGCUGUCACAGAGCUGUUGGUCAUCAGCUUCUCAUUCUCGGCCCCCAGAAACUUCCCCUCCUCAUCUGCCAGCAGCACUCGCAUGGAUCACAGCCAACAGCUCCUUCCCGAUGUUAUUUAGGAGUGUGUCCCUGCAGAAGAAGGGGAUGGCUGAGCAGAAAGCCUCUGGAGCCAGGCGAGGUUGGUGGCAGUGCGGAAGUGAUGGCAGCAGGCAGCUUGAGCUGCAGAGAGCUGAGAAGACUGAGAGCUUUGGGGUGCAGAAAGCACAGGCUGCAGGGUAGGCUAUGGAAAGGUAAAAAUCUCAGACUUGUGCUUCCUUAAUCAUGCUCCACAUUAAAUCCCUAUCUUUCAAAGAUGAGCGAGGUAUUCUAAGUGUGUGCUAGAUGUCUUUUAAAUUUCUGGUUCAGAAAAGCAGACCUCUCAUGGAAAUAAAGCAGGUGGCACAACUGGCACAGAAGCACAAAUCAGUGUGAGGUCACCUCCAUUUUUCUCUUGCUGUUUCCUAUGUUAUUCCUUUAAAACCCAUAUAGAACAGCUCACUUUCCCAAAUGGAUAGGUGUCUCUUACCUGUCUGAGUCUUCUGUUUUGGUUUGCAAGUCUGUGAGCAAAUCUCUUCUGGAUAAUAACUUAAUAGCCUAAGAGCUGACAGCCAUCCUACCCAGAAGAUUAGCCUGACAGUUUGUGCUUUGUGGAAGACAACUGAACGGCGUGGUUUUGUUCCUAACGCAGGGACUGGGGAUAUUCGGUUGUGAGAUAGAGAAACUGUUUUCUGUCUGCCUCUGCUAUCCUGCUGCUCUUUUUUUUUUUCCCUCUUAUGAUUAUAUUAUGACAUUCCUUUAGAGUGGGACAACUGCAGCUGUUUACAGAGAAGCAAACUUGUCUUUGCAGUCCUGAACCCGCAGUCCUUUCUCUGAGGCUGUCACGUUUCUGUCGUCUCUCGUGGUGAGCUGGCCACAUAGCUCAUGCUAUGUUAGAGAGGAGCCUGCAGCUUGUUAACUAUCUUAAGUAGUUGCUGUCCCAUAUACGUCUUUUAAUGUAUAUUGACAAAGCUUGAUGAGUUUGAGGCUUGCAGUAAACUCUGGAAUAGCAGCUUUCUGUAGAGCACUCCUUUCCCCCCCUCCCCCAGUACAAGGAAUUGUAAUUUCUAGUGCCAAAGCUAGGCUAAGGAAGUAGUAGGAGAAACCUGCUUUUGAGCUCUGUGAAGCCAACAAGCCUGAAGCAUGCUUCUUAAAACUAUUCAUUUUACAAAACACAAUAGCCUCCAUCUUAGCAACUUGCUGUGGAGCUCAAUUCAUGUUUUAAAUCAUCUUAGGUAGCAGUAAAUCUUCCCAGCUUAUGAGGCUGAAAACUGUGUGAGUUUCCACUUAAGCACUAAUCUUUGUUACACCUGUAAUUAGGGUAACAUCUUGUUUGCAGAAAUAACAACCUGAGCUCUGCUUGUUUGCUAGCUGCUGCACAUUCAUUUCUGAGUAUAAAUCAGAGGGUUGAUUCAUUUCCAGUCUUUUUUUUCUUUCAUGUUAGUAGAGAGCAUACUGCAGGAAGGGGGGGAAAGGGAAAUCUGUUUGCAUCUGUGUAGUCUUGCUCAUGGCAAGGAGGGGGAUAGGAAUGGAGCUGUUUUCCUGUGACAGGUUUUUUUGGAUGAGUUUCUAGAGUGUAGCAAUCGUGGGGUCUCGGCUUGCUGGGUCUUCAAGUUUGGUUCCUUGUGAGUCAAAAUUCCUUGUAUAGGCUUGACUUCUGCUUAUUUAGGUCUGUUAAAAACAACAAAUGAGAGGAAGUCCUGUGCAGUAUGGCUUAUACAGUUGUUCCACUGCAAGAGACAGUUCUGGCAAAUAAACUGAACCAACUGAGCUGAAUGUUUCCAGGUGCUUCAUCCCAAGUGCUGCAGCAGCCCUGGUGGAGCGGCUCUGGCCGUCCUCAGGUACCUUCUAACUGUCCUUGUGAUGCACAAGGCUAGCUUCUACAGGUUUGUUUUAUUUCCUAGGUCUUGAAAGAACAAGCUUGAGUGAACAAAUGAAAACUUAUUAACCUGUAACAUCUUAUUUUAAUGAGGCAGAGACCGCACACUUUGUAGCUGUCUCUUUUCAAGGCUGUUAGACUUCAAAGGUCUCACCUACAGGAUGCUGAUGGAGGCUUGUUCCUGCUGUUGCUUUUCAGCAGAGUGCUCUUGGCAGGGCUGAAGCUGCAGGUAACACCGGGCCCAUGUGUGUUGGGAGGGAGGGGUUGUGGCAGCUCUUGCCCUAAGCAGUCUGGAUGCUUUCGAAGUGCCUUCCAAAAUGCACUGUGUGCUUCCACCAGGUUCUUCGCCAUGCCAAGAGCUGCCUGUUUGCAGUUUCAUUUUGGAUUACCUUGGCUGGCGUAGCUGCUGGCAGGGCAUCGGCAGUAGGUUGGAUGGUUUCGAGGUCCUCGGUUUCCUCAGGUGAUCAUCCUGCAGCUGAGAUCAGGCCUGCAGCCACUCAGGCAUCUGAUACUGCUUCCCAUCCAUCCUUUGUUUGGAAAGGUUUUGACAGGUUUCUAAUUCUGAAAAAGCUCUGUGCAGUGUUGGCGGCACUAAGGCUUCGGUUUUACCCAUGAUAGAUGCAACACCAGUGAUGGUAAAUCAUAGUUAGGCUGCGUUCUGCUGCUGCAGCAGGAGUAUCUGUGCUGAGAUUUAUAUUAUUCAGUGGUUGCGAUCCAAAACUGGUUUUAGGCUCCAAACCAACACGCAGUCCUUUGUCUAGACUUACUGGAUACAGCCCUGGUGCUCUGUUGGUUGUUUUUCUUAAUCAUUUCUCAAUGCUAGCAGUUGCUACAUGUGCCAGAGUGCCUUCACUCGUCAAGAUCUAUGACUUGGGGCGUGUUGUUCUGGAAGCACUUGUUCUGUUCCUUCUGGUCUGUGUAGAUACAGGGCUUUGACAGGAAAGGAACAAUGUGAGCUUGGGCUGGUUGUGGGGAUCCCUGCUGGCCAGGAUGCUGCAGGGACUGGCUCAGGUGUGAGGAGCGGUGCCAGGAGGAGGGCUGGGUGCUUGGGCAGCCCCCUGUGCUGCCAUCUGCUUUCAGAGCCUCAAGGGGACUGAGGAUAACUUGUAGGUGCCUAGUUGGACUGUGGAUCCUCCACAUCUACUGCAAGAAGCCCUGCGUGCAUUCUGUUGUGAUCUCAGUCAUCCUGCUUUUGUUGUUAAGAGCCAUUGAGCUAAUGGCUCUUAGAACCUACUUGGAUGUCCUGCAGGGUUUGUGAAGCUGGCAGGGCUGACGCAGAUAGUGUAGAUGUUUUCCCCCCAAACCAUUUUCUCUUUUUCACACGUAGAUUCUCUUGAAUGCUUGUAGCAGUCCUGGGCUUCGAACCUCAGCUGUGUGCUGCAAUACUGAUUCUGAUCCCGAGACCCAACGCACCUCGUGCUGGAGAAUCCGAGUCAUCCCAUCUUUAUGGCUUUGGGAAUUAGUAACUGUCACAAAGCUGUUCGCUGUGACACCUUUGGGUAAACUGGAGCCUGUCUUUGCAAACCGUUCAGUCAGUCUCUGGUAACACUGACAAAAGUUUGAGUAAUCCCUGUGUUCUGGCAGAUCAGCUCUUCCAUGGCGCGUUGUAGUUGUAGCGUUAGAGUAGGAAAUAUGCUUGCUAAGGAGGUGUUCUAAAAUACAUUUGUGCUGAAAGCCCAUCUGUUAAACCUUCUUGAUCUCCUGUCUUAUAGUCUAAAACUGAAUGUAGUAAUAGUUUACACCACUUGAGCAAACCUACCUUAAACAGAGCAGCGGUGCCCUGGUGCUGAUUUUGUGUAGUAUUUAACUGUCCCUCUUCUGAUGAUAUGAGUUGGGGCACCCUGCUAAUAGCUUUGAGAUCAUUUGCAAUUAAAUGGAGUCAACUCUUCCAAGGGAUUUACCCUUGGACCAAUGCUCAACACCACUAUCCUUUCUUUCCAUAACUAAUAGAAUCGCCUGAGGCACGGAGGGCUAAAUUUAGUCUUCCGGCAAGCUAGGUAUGACCUUGUGUUACAAGGGCUUCUGCUGCUCAUCUCUAGGUAUCUAAAUCAGAGUGUAAAGGCUGCAUUUCUGGGAUGGGCAGAGCUUUGGGGGAUCAGUGACGCUGAAAGGCUUUCUGUGUUGGAUAAUCGGCUGACGCUUUCAGUGCUGUGCUGGCAGUAAUUCCUGGCCUGGCUACAGCUCAGCAGGCCUACCAGUGAUCUGCUGGCACGCCGCGAUCCUUGGCACUGGGGCUUCGGCAGGAGCUGACCUGCUACGUGGCGGGGAUUGUUUGAUGGUGAGCGUGGCUUGGUGACAGCUAUGCUGAAGACUGCGGGUUGAAAGUGGAAGCUGAAGCAAAGCUUCUUCAUGCAGGUGUAAUUUCUUAACUGUGUGAAUGGCAAUAGUCCUCUUCAAGGGGAAGUUAAAUUCAUCUCCUAGAACUGGAGAAGAACUCUGCUUUGUACAGAAGCUAUCAGGGUGCACAAGGAGGUAAAUCCAUGCAACAAAACAUGUGCUAGAGCUGUCCAGCUCUGUGCGCUGUUUGCCUUAUCCUACAUGGUCACUUGCUUUUUGUCUAAUUAAAGACACAAUUCAUCCUGUGAGUGUAAUAAGGAACCUUUAUUGGAUCCUAGAGCCUUUUAUUUACACCUUUAAUGUGUAAUCAAGCUUUUGAAGUUUGUCUGCCAUCCCCCAGAAAUGCCAAACUCUCCUGCAGCUGGCAGUACACUGGCAGCUGAAUGGGAGAAGCUGGGAAUUAGAACGGGACUUUCGGUUAUCUGCUGUGCUUCCUUGUGUUUAGGAGUGCAGUGAGUGGGGUGGCUUUUUAGCUUGUGGAAUAAACUCUUUGUUGGUGAGUGGGCAAACCCCUUACUGUAUGGCAUGGGCAUGGCUUGCUGGUUGGGGUUGCAGAAUUGACCUGUACUCCCAGUAACUUGGUCAUUGCAGGUGGUCUCUUGCUUGCUACUGGUAACACACGUGGUUGUUCUCUGGGGGCAGAAGCAUCAAUCUGAUGAAGUGCUAGAGUCUCUGAGUAAUGCUGAGUGAGUUUCAGUAAGAGAUUAGAGAAAGCUGUGGUCAGCAGGUCUACAUGACAAAUGCUCUUAGGAUGCGGCAGGCGUGUCCGUGCUAACAUCCUUAAGCCAUUGGUUCCAGAUGCUGGAGCUGGCCCUAUGGCAUCUGUGAUGGUUGUGAAUGGUGGCAAGAUAGCAGCUGAGGAUUUCAUGGUGUGGGUAUUCAUCUGUUCCAUCUUCUUCUGGAAGAAGCCCCUUCUUUUGGAAAUAUUGGGGAGAUGGGAUUUCCUAAAUAGAGCUGGGGUUGCGGAUACGUGGAGGGGAGGGCUCAGCAUGCUGCACGUACCUCCAGCUCUGCCGUUCCACGUGCAGUCAGAGGAGAUUUGUCACACAACGCUGUGAUUAAUGUGUAAAGAUGUUUCAAGAUGGGGUGGGUAGAAACUGAAACCAGGCAAAUUAAAACAAAUAAUAGGAAGAAAAUAGAAAUAGGGGACAAAUAAGGUAGUUGAACAGGAAGUUCAGUCACUUUAAAGGGGAAAAUUGUUUGGAUUCCCCCUUUCUAUGUAGGAAGUGGGAGGAGGUGAUCAUAAUGCUUCCCUUCAGCUCUCCUUGUGUGGGAUGGUGAGCAGCAGUUCCUCUUGCAGGCGCUGAUCUGCUAAUAGCCCAGAGCUGGGCCGUGGCAAUAACGAGUAAGGCAUGCACCUAUUUAUGUCCUGCUCUGUCAUGCUAAUUACUUGAGGUCCAGCCAGCAGAGCAUCAGCAGUGCUGGUUUUGCGUGUGUUUGUGGCACGGCUGAGAAACUGAGGAUUGCUUUCGUAGGUUCUUAGCUUGCUGAACCAUGCCUGCUAAAAAUCUUAAUCGGAUUUAAUCAGAGAUUGGUCUGUCAAGCCACGCAUUUCCCUGUGAAAACAUGCAGGGGACUUUUUAGCACGUGUGAGCAGCUGUUGAUGAAGCUUUGCGCCUAAACACAAAUGCUAAGAGCUUGAUUCUUUAUUGGUAGUGAUAUCCCACAGCGAAGUGUUUGUUAAACGCUUGGAAGGCUGUGGUUGGAAGUGCCGUGCCCAGAAGGGGAGGUCUGGGUCCUGCCAUUCCGUGCACUGCUCCUGCCGCCUGUCAAACCUGUUUGUGAGCUGCGCUGCCUCUGACCCGGCGCUAAGCUCUCCCGGUAUUGUCGAGGCAGUUUUCUCCUGUUGCUAUAAUGAGGUAGACUUUCUCACAAAUGAGGCUGAUAAGGGAAACCAGCAGGAGUUCCUGCUUGGGAUUGCUGCGUUUCAUGGACAAUGAGCUCUGGGUUUUCUGGGAAGAUCUCGUUUCAUCCUUUUGCAAGUUUCGCUACAGAUAUGACUGGCUAGCUGCUGUGCUGCUCCUAUGCCCCAGCACUCACUGCCCUGUGAUUUCAGAUAACAAACACAAGAAGUGAUUCACAAAACAACUGGUGAGAAACCAAAAGCAGUUUGCCUUUACUGAGUCCUCAAGAUCACAGUCAACUGGUUGGUACUUCACAAUGAUGCGUUAGGAAACUGGAUACGGUGCCAAAAGAACUCCAUGCAUUUCCAUGAUACUCUUGGAUCCUGACUGAGAUACUUUUGGAUUAUAUAUAUUUCUGUUCUAAGGAGAAGAGUGCGCGCUCAGAUCUCUUUCUGCCAGCUUGCUGGCAGAGGUGCUGUACUAAGAUCAUGGACCAUCCCAAUAGGGAAAAGGAUGAAAGGCAGCGGACGACGAAAGGGAUGCCCGGGAGGAGCGGUCACGGCUCUCGGCCAAGCUCGUCUGCAUCUUCUGGUGUUCUUAUGGUGGGACCCAACUUCAGAGUGGGCAAGAAGAUUGGGUGUGGGAACUUUGGCGAGCUCAGACUAGGCAAAAAUCUCUACACCAAUGAAUACGUAGCAAUCAAACUGGAACCAAUAAAAUCACGUGCACCACAACUCCAUUUAGAAUACAGAUUUUACAAACAGCUUGGAAGUGCGGGAGUGAAGCAGUCUGUUUACUUGUCAGGAAGCGGGAUCAAGAAAAAUGAAGGUGUUGUGAAGAAACUUGCCACUGAAGAUAGGUCUGAGGUGCCUCAGCAAGGAAUGGUGACAGCUGAAGGGCUUCCACAGGUUUAUUACUUUGGACCGUGCGGAAAGUACAACGCCAUGGUGCUGGAGCUGCUUGGUCCUAGCUUGGAAGACUUGUUCGACCUCUGCGACAGGACGUUCACUCUGAAAACGGUAUUAAUGAUAGCCAUCCAGCUGAUCUCUCGAAUGGAAUACGUGCAUUCGAAGAACCUCAUCUACCGAGAUGUCAAGCCAGAAAACUUCCUUAUCGGCCGGCAAGGCAAUAAGAAAGACCACGUCAUUCACAUCAUAGACUUUGGACUGGCGAAGGAGUACAUUGACCCAGAAACCAAAAAACACAUACCUUACAGGGAACACAAGAGCUUAACUGGAACGGCGAGAUACAUGUCCAUCAACACGCAUCUUGGCAAAGAGCAAAGUCGUCGAGAUGACUUGGAAGCCCUUGGCCACAUGUUUAUGUAUUUCCUCCGAGGCAGUCUGCCCUGGCAAGGACUGAAGGCUGACACCUUAAAAGAGAGGUAUCAGAAGAUCGGGGACACGAAGAGAAACACUCCGGUUGAAGUUCUCUGUGAGAACUUUCCAGAGGAGAUGGCCACAUACCUCCGUUACGUUCGGCGGUUAGAUUUCUUCGAGAGACCUGACUAUGACUACUUACGAACCAUCUUCACGGAGCUGUUUGAGAAGAAAGGCUACACCUUUGACUACGCCUAUGACUGGGUCGGCAGGCCAAUCCCUACUCCAGUGGGAUCUGUUCACGUAGAUUCCGGGACGUCUGCAAUAACAAGAGACAGCCACGUCCAUCGGGACCGACCAUCACAGCAGGCCCUGCGCAAUCAGGCAUCAUCUGAUCGCCGAGGAGAGUGGGAGAUCCAGCCCAGCCGGCAGACCAAUACCUCGUACCUGACAUCUCAUCUGGCUGCAGAUCGGCACGGAGGAUCAGUGCAGGUGGUUAGCUCGACCAACGGAGAGCUGAACGUGGACGACCCGACGGGGGCACACUCCAACGCACCUAUCACAGCACAGGCAGAGGUGGAAGUGGUGGAGGAAGCUAACUGCCUGAAAAUGCUCAACUUGUGGUGCUGCUGCUUCUUUAAGAGGAAACGGAAGAAGACGGCUCAGCGUCACAAGUGACCGGUGCCUCCUGGGCCUUGCAGGAACACCACGUGCACCUGCGGCUCCUGCCCUGGCUAACUGGAAGGGGCUUCUCUUUAGGGGGAGGAGGAGGCAUAGGAGGAAGAGAAAAAAAAAAAAAAACAAAAACAAACAAGUGACAUUUUAAACCAAAAAGAGAAGAAAACGUUCCAAAACAAACCACUCUUGGGUGGAUCUGCUGAAUGGUCUCCCUCGUUCGCUCCAAGCCUGACGCUCCUUUUGGGACCAGGACUGUGGCUGGCUCAGGUCUUGGUCGCCCCGGGAGGGGGGCUGGCUGGCUGACCCUCCUUCCCGUUGUUUACGGCGAAGGCAUCGUUCAUGCAAACCUGAGGACUGUGCUUAGUUCCUGCUCACUUUACCCCCCUCCCUCCCCUGCGCUCUCUGCUCCUCCGCCCUCCUCCCUCCUUAAUUAAGAAAAGAAACACCGUAGGCUCGAUUGGCUCUCGAGAGGGCAGGAGGAUGCGGUUGGGGCGAGAGAGUUGCGUGGGAGAAGGGCCUGACUGCUGCAGCAGUACGACACAGGUUCCCUUUUAGGCUCCUUGGGAACAGUUACACUGUAAUGUGCAAGCUGUGAGAAAUUUGCAAUCUACUGUUCCAGUUAGGUUUCCUGGCUCCCCUUGACACCUCCCUCCUCUGACAGUAACAGAGCAAUGUGGAUUGUUUUAAAGAAACUGACGUCGUUGCACUUUUUAUUAUUUUUAGCAUUACAGAUGCACAUUGUAUCUGUGGAUUUCUGCGUGGACCAGUGGUGCCAGCGCAGACAGACAUUCAGCUGGGAACGCAUUGGGGUGCAGAGAGUGCCCUCGAGUGGGGAUGUUGACGACAUCCGCACAACCCUUGUGCCAGUUUGGGGUUCCCAGAGCCCGCCUUGGGCCGUGCGCUGAGGAAAGCAUACUUGAAUUUUCAGUCGCCCUUUCCAUCUGCCAGUGAAUGUCCCCACCAUGGUUUCCUACACCGUGCCUGACCCAGGCGGCCCACAGACAUGCGGCACCGGCUGUUGGCAGCAGGGAGAGGCAGAUCGGGGUUAACGUAACUGGGAACUGAUGCUUCCCAGUCCGCAGGCAUCUCUCAGCGCGGGGCCGGGCGAGCACACAGCCUUCCCCAGCCCUCCCGUAGGGUGGUUGUGAACACACACCUUCCGCGGAGAAGUGCGAGGAGCAAAGCUUCCCGGGCAGAGUGGCGAUCCUUCACUGCCUUAAUACUGAUUCCAUCUCCAGGCGGUCAGAUGGGUUUGACUGGAAUAGCCUUGACGUCCUCCCUGUGAGCUCCCGCCCCACAGGGAAGACAAGGUUUGCAUGUGGGCCAAACGCAUAGCUGGCAGGGCACCUGGGGCGUGAUGGCUUGUGUCCUGCUGCCGUGCUUCCCAACCUGGAGGAGGUUGAGGCUGCUCCUGGACGUGGCGGGGCUGUGGGCGAGCUCGGGCAGUUUUGGGGGAGCUUGUGAAUAAAUAGAUGCUCGUG